AUGGAAAGGAAGAGGUCAUCUUUUAGUAACAAAAGUAUGGAGAUGCGUGAGUUCUGCGAAUUCAUUGUAGACACCAAUUUGGUUGAUGUUCCUAUUACUAAUAACAAGUUUACUUGGUUUGGAGAAGAUGGGUUAUACAUGAGUAGAAUUGAUCAUUUUCUCAUUUCUGAUGGCUUAAUCCAUAACUGGGGUGUUAUGGGUCAAAAGUUAAGAAGGAGAGACAUUUCAGAUCACUGCCAUGUUUGGAUCAUGUCCAAUAAUCUCGACUGGGGACCUAAACCCUUUAAGGAAAACCUGAAGCUGCUCAAGAUUAGUUUGAAGAAAUGGAAUCUGGAAGUUUUUGGCAAGGUGAAUCUUUUGUUGUAA